ACUACUUCCUUCUUUUCCUCUCUCUAACACUCAUAAAAACCCUUCUUUUAUUUUUCUUGAUUAGACCCAUUGUGUUUUAUUUUACAACAAACAAUAUGGUUGGUGACAAAGGAGACACAUCAAAGAAACAACAACAACAACCUCAACAAGUUUCAUCUUCACCAAAAGCACCACCACAUGAAGAAUCAUCAUCACAGCAACAAGUUGUUGUUGUUAGUGGAACAAUUACAAACCCUUUUAUUUCAACUCCAUUAUUUGUUUCAACAAGUGGUGCAAGUUCUUCACCUUUUGAAAACCAAUUUGAAACAACAAAAAGACCAAGAUAUAGUGGACAAUGGAAGCUUCUACCAUCACCACAACAACAACAACAACAAAAACAACCUCAAACUCAAACACAAACACAAAUCACCAACAUUCUUAAUCAAACAACAGAAUCAAAAUCAACAACCCCUUCACCUUCAAAUCUUCCACAACAACAACAACCUCAAACUUUAGCUGCUUCUUCAUCAGAAACAACUUCAUCACAAUCUCAUGAUCAUCUCUCACCAAUGCCUUGUCAAGAAGGAAACAAACAUGAAGAACAAGUUCAUCAACAACUAAGAAAAGGAAAAUAUGUAAGUCCUGUUUGGAAACCAAAUGAAAUGCUUUGGUUAGCAAGAGCUUGGAAAGAACAAUACCAAACUGGCUCAGAUUCUUCUUCAAGAACAGAACAGCAACAACAAGAGUUGGGAUUGAGCAGAGGAAAAACAAGAGCUGAUAAAGACAAAGAAGUUGCUGAAUUUCUCAACAAACAUGGUGUUAGUAGAGAUGCUAAAACAGCAGGUACUAAAUGGGAUAACAUGUUGGGAGAAUUUAGGAAAGUUUAUGAAUGGGAAAGAGGUGGUGAAAGAGAACAAGUUGGAAAAAGCUAUUUUAGGCUUUCACCUUAUGAAAGAAAGUUACAUAGGUUACCAGCUUCUUUUGAUGAAGAAGUUUUUGAAGAACUUUCACAAUUUAUGGGAUCAAGAAUGAGAUCUUCUUCUUCUUCUCAUGGUGGUAGAAUUGGUUCUUCUUUUGUUUCUUGUGAUGAAGCUAGAACAAGAUCUCUUCCUCCUCCUAGACCUUUCAAAGAUGAUGAUCUUCCUCUAUCAGCUAGGACAAAACAAUUGACAAUGACAAGUGGUGGUGAUCAACAAUAUUUUCAUGGUCAUAGAGGAAGCUUAUUAGGGUUAGAUUCUCUAAUGGAAAUUUCAACACCAACUUCUAGUUUGAAAGAAUUAAGAAGAAUUGGAAAAAUAAGAAUGACAUGGGAAGAAUCAGUGAGUUUAUGGGGUGAAGAAGGUGAAGUUCAUAGAGGAAGAAUAAGGGUUCAAAAUUCAAGCUUUUUACAUGCUGAUGAAAUCACUUGUUUUGAUGAUACAAUGGUGAUUUGUCCUUUAGAAUCUUUUGAAGAUGGUCCUUUGAAAGGUUUUUCAGUUGAUAGAUUUGUUUCUGGACAACAAGUUAAAGUUUUUGGUAGAAGAAAAUCUUCUUCAACUUCUAGCUCUAGUGGUUAUGCUGAAAGAGUUCAACCACUCAAUAAACCAAUGCCCAUAAGAUCAAUUGUGCCAUUGGAUUUUAGAGACCCAACUGAGUAUUACAUGGAACAUCUCCUUAAAAUCUCAUCACCACAAUCACUUCCAACAUUAUUUGAGCUAAAGCAUUAUCUCCAAGAGCCACCACCACAAAAUUUGCGUUUUCCACUUAGAAAAGAAGUGUUUGAUGAUUUACCACAAGGUAAAGAAUUUUUCUUCACAACAACCUCUGAACCAUUGGAUUGUAGAUCCAUAAUCUAUGACAUUGUGGGCCCCAUCAUUAGAACCAACAACAACAUUAACAACCCUAGUACUCUCCCAUUUUCUAGUAGAGACUCUUUCAUUGGUGUUUGGGAUGAUUGCAUCAAUAGGGUCGUUUCAAGAUUCUGCCACAAUGAAAUGGUAAUUACUAGAAAGCCCUUUUCAUCAAAUUCACAAUCACAAGACACAUUGUUUGAAGAGGAAUGGCCUAAUGUUAGUGGUUUUGUGAACAAUUUUUGUCUAUGGAGAGGUGAAGAAUGUGAAGAAUUAAAAGAGAAUAUUCAAAACCCAUCAUCAACUAUCAUUCAAAAAUUACUAUGGAGCUAUCUAGAUUUACCUUAUAUCCUUGGUUACUAUGCAAUUGGAAAUAAGGUAACAUUUUGUGCACUUAGUAAAUCACAUGAAGAUCAUGGAAAAAUCAUUAGAACCGAUUUACAUGAAGUGAAUUUAAACACACCAAGUGAAAGAUUCAAAUCUUUAGUACCAUGUUUUAGAAUUGGUGUUUUGUUAUCAUUGUUAAGCAAAAGUUGCAUAAACAUGCAAAAGGGUAGUUUUGUCUAUAGUGAUUUUGAGAGAUAUUGUUUUGGUCAAGGUGUUAUAAUUGAAAUGACACCUAACACAUGCAAAAGGGUAUUUUUGGAAAAGAGAAAAUUUUCAUCCGUGAAAGAAGUUUAUGAGAUAUUAGAUCAUAGAAUACCACAUAGUGAGUAUUUAUUUAAGGUUAAUGAAAACAACAUGAGUUUAGUUUUUAAACCAAGAGGGAUUAGAGUUAAACCAUUAAACAUUGAACAAUUAGUUGAAGCAUUAAAGUAUGUAACAAAAGCAUUAGUUGCAUUACAUGAUUUAUCAUUUAUGCAUAGGGACAUAGGAUGGGAGAAAGUGAUGAUGAGAAAUGAUGGAGAAAUUGGUGAGUGGUUUGUUAGUGGUUUCGACGAAGCGGCGGGUGCGCCGGCAUUAGGGAAGUUUGUGAAAGGAAAAAGUGAUAAUAUGGUGGAGCGUGGAAGACACGCGCCAGAAAUGGAAAGAGGAUUACAUGGUGUGAAAGUUGAUGUGUGGAGUAUAGGGUAUUUGAUAAUGACAUGUGGGUUGGUGAAUGUGCCUAAGAUGUUGAGAGAGUUACAGAAUUGGUGUAUGGAACAGAAUCCUGAACAGAGACCUACUGCAGCGGAUUGUUAUCAUCAUUUGUUGCAACUUCAGUCAUCUUUGUUGGUGUCAGGUGGUGGUGGUGCUGGUGGUGGUUCUGUUGGUGGUGGUGGUGGUGGAGGAUUGAUGUGAUUGAUUGGUUCAUGUUUUGUUUUAAUGGUGGUGCUUAGUAUAAUUCAUUGUUGAAUAUUUGAAUUAAUACUUGAAUUGUUAAUUAUUAUAUAUUGGUAUUGUUUUUUAUUCUGAGAAAAGGGUUAUUAUUAAUGCAAGUUUUAAAUUUUACUACAA